GGGUUCAAUCACAUCACCUGCGGAGGUCUGUGUGACGGGGACACGUACACGGUACACCAGCUCACCGGCAACAUGACAUUAUACGUGACAGCGUCUUUACUUUUAGCUUUGGGAUUAAUACAUCCAAUCAAUAUGUCGUUUGCCCUUCCUAAAGACUUGGAGGGAUCAGGGUAUGACCUGGACAGUUCUGGCUCCGGUUCAGGGGAUUGGCCAGAACAAGGGCGGACCUUUGAUGUUACACACUGGCCUGCAAAAGACACUGAAUCAUAUGUUAUUAUGGCAAACAGCAAGAGCUUCUUGGAGAACAAACAAAUCUUUGCAGGUGUCAUUGCAGGAGGAAUAACAGGAGUGAUACUGGCUACAAUGCUGGCAGGAAUAUUAAUCUACCACUGGCACAACAAAGAUCAUGGAGGAUACAGUCAGGGCCAGCAGACACACAGGGAAGAAACCAUUUAACUGUCCAUACUUUUGAAAAACUGUCUCACCAGUCCCGAUGACUCUAGCAGGCCAAUUUUCCUACCUUCAGGUGCUACUGUAAAUUUAUUCUUUCCUCAGAUUUUUUUUUGGGGGGGGGGGGGGGGGGGAGCAUGGAGGCUGGAUGGGGAAAGACACCUAUUCCUUAAUCUAAUGCAGCUGUAUUUGUUUAUUGCUUAUUUAUUUAUUGAGAUGAUAAAAUCUGAAGACUUGUUUUAGUUUUAUGACUUUCCUGUUGUGAAUCUUAAGAUGAAGCUUUGAAGUUGCUUUAUUUUUACCCAGGGCCAUAGUACUGUAGCUACCGUUGAGGACACUAAAGCUAUGUCCUCUGUAUUUUCAGGGAUGUGAUGUUCUGCUACUUUGUGUACUGUUUUUUUUUUUUUUUUUUGUGGAAAUCAGAUGCUGGGAACAGUCUGCCAGGAUAAUGAUAAGUAAUUUAACUGAAUUUGAACUGAAAUUCUACAGUUUAUGCCUCAGCUCCAUUGUGUCAGAUCCUGUGGCCUAACUAAUGACCAUUACAAAAAGGGCUUUAUGUGAAUACUUGGCAAAUUAUUUAUCAAUCAGCAUUUUUGCUACAUUUUCAUUUAAAAUAAAAAAGUCCUAGAGUCACUUUUUUUAUAGUGAAAAAAGAACUGUUGACAUCCCCUGGCUUUCAAGGGAUGUAAGACUUGAAAGGCGGGAUGCAGGACUAAAGAAGGACUAGUAUUUCUGUAGUCCUGACUACAACCCUGGUUUUACUUAAAAUAUUUGACCCCUUUGUGUUAAACAGGGAAACCUCAGCUUAAUAAGUCAUGAGAUAUGAAUGAAGAAUCUAGGGGAAAGUCAUUUGUGUGGUGUAUAUUAAUUACAAUGAUUAAAGACAAUCAGCUGCUACAAUGUUAACAUGUUAUGUUGCCUAUGUACUGUACGUUUAAAUAAUUUUUACUAUUUUUGUAUUGUAUUGUAUAAUUGAUAAUAAAUUAACUUUA